CCAUUUCUCAUACGGUGACCUUCUCUAUCAGCUCAUCACUACCUUCUGUUCUUAUGCCAUAUGUUUACUUUAAGUUUGGAGUAAAAAGUACUAAAAACUUGCUCUUUUAGAGGUGCUGAGUUUUACUUCGUCAGCUCAUUGGCCUUAUUUCUGUCUGUUUCAGAGGGGGAAUGAGCACAACGUGGCUCAUUGGUCUAAUCUUCAAUUUGCAGUGGUCUAGAAACAAGAAUAUUGACCUGACCUUUGACCUCCAGUCCUUCAGUGACACAAUCUACGGCCUGGCAGAGCGCUGUAAGGUCUUUGAAGAAGGCAUGAUCAUAUCAGCCAUGUACGUGAGGAGAGAUUAUCUGAGCUGGGCGCUGCCUAAUGAUGAAUGGAAAAGGUUGUUCACUCCUAAACUGAAGCCCACAGUGAGCCACCAAAGCUCAGCCAGUCCCUUUCACACAGCAGCCGUCAGCGCAGGCCGAGCAGCCACAAAGACAAAAGGCUGCUUUGAGUCUGACAUGUCAGCUAAGAGGCUCAGAGAUGACAAAGAAGUGCUGUCUGUGACAAAUGUCUCAUCUGUCCAGGCGUCCACGCCCAGCAGACAAGGGACACCGUCCUGGCUUCCCCAGACAGAAACAGAAACUCAGAGUCCACCUCCCAGUGUGGACUCACAAAGCACAAAGAGACCCAGCAGUACUGAGCCUGGGCCACCAAACAAAACAUUCAAACUUGACCCGAGUGCGUCCACUGUGGAGCUCUCUGAUUCGCCUCCCAGGCCCACCAAGCCUGUCACAGGCAUGAAACGAGCCAUCAAAAUUCAGCUUCUCAGGUACAACACAGAAUUAAGAACAGAAACUCCUGAGUUCCCUCUAACUGCACACACUUCUUCUCUUUCCUACCUUGUCAUGUGCUCCAAAGGACACACAUCCUCAAGUAUUCAUGCUGAGAUUCAGAUAGACUGAUGCAGCUGAAUGAAUGUUAUGUUUUUUCACCACA